AUGAGACGGCCCACCGCCAUAAUACUUCUCUUGACCUGCACCGUAGUGACGGCCCAGCUCAGAUCCCUUCCCGUCGAACGCUCCGGCCUCAACGGAUACGCACCCCGCUUCUUCCGCCAGAAACCCAUCGUAGAAUCCGUAGACCCCGCCCCCGGUCCAGCCAUGCCACCACCGCCGCCCUCAGACCCCCCCUCCUCUUCCGGCCCGGGCCAAGACGGAGGAGGAGGAGGCGUGAGGCUCUCCGACGUAAUGGGCCGUGACCGGAGCAUCAACGUCUUCGCCGGCUUCACGCGCGAUAUCGAAUCCGCCUCGCGCCGCCUCGACGACCAAGGGCGCAACACCACCGUGCUGGCGCCCCUCAACUCGGCCGUCGAGAAGCUGCCGCGGAAACCGUGGGAGGAUCCCCGCGACUACCAGCAGCUCGGCGCCGACGCCUACGAGGGCGACGACGGCAGGGAUAAGGCGCAGAGGAACAUUCAGCGGUUUGUUGAGGCGCACAUGGUUGGCGUGAGCCCGUGGCCCGAGAAUACAAAGGCCAAGACGAUUGGUGAUGAUAGGGAUGUGUGGUGGGAGACCAAGGACGGUGUUAAGUUCAUCCAGCCUGGUAAUAUUGAGGUAGUAAGUGUGGCGAGUACUGUUGCCAAUGGCGAAGUGUGGAAGAGGACGAUCGAUCUCAGGAUGAUGAGCGGGAAACCCGCUGACGAGGUGGACGCCUACGAGCGCGAGACCGAAAAUCGUCGCCGCCUCCAAGAAGCCGAAGAAAUGGAACGACGCGAACAAGAACAAGCCGAGAGACGCCGCCGAGACGGCUACCCCCCCGGCCCUCCCCAUCACAGCAAUGCUGGCUCUAUCCCCAUACACCAGCCCGUCGCAUCUCGCGCGAUGGGCGCAAUCCACAGCCCCGGCGGCCUGCUCGCAAACCACGGCUCAGGCUCGUCCGGACCGCCCAUGCCUCUCGGCGCCCCCUCGGGGCCUGGCGCGAACUUCGGCGGUCCCCUUCAACCCGAUAACAGUAGACCUCCGCCGCACGGGGGUCCGAAUAACCCCAAUACCCAGCACCAGAUGUUCGCGCCGAUCCCGCACACGACCGUCCCCCCCAGUAACUCCCUAGGCACUGCCAGCGGUGGUCCACCUGUUUUUGGGGGGCCGCUACAGCAGCGCGAGGGCCAACCUCCGAUGCAACAAGGACCUCCUUUCGGUGGCAGUGGUGGAAAUACUGGAGGCGCUGUCCCCGGUGCUGCUGGCGGUCAAAGUCAAGGGCCGCCAGGUCAGCAAGGCCAAGGCGGCAUUGCCCAAGGCCAACAACCCAUCUUGAAUGAUGCCUUGACGUAUCUUGACCAGGUCAAGGUACAGUUCCACGACCAGCCAGACGUGUACAAUCGGUUCCUCGACAUUAUGAAAGACUUCAAAAGCCAGGCCAUUGACACUCCUGGGGUCAUCAAUCGCGUCUCGGAGCUAUUCGCUGGUCAUCCGAACCUGAUCCAGGGCUUCAAUACCUUCCUGCCACCAGGAUACCGGAUUGAAUGCGGCGCUGGCAACGACCCUAACACCAUCAGGGUCACCACCCCUAUGGGCACAACUGUUCAGUCCAUUGCUGGCCGAGGAACGCAGGUUGAAGGUCAUUCACACCCUAACGGUGCUUCUCAGCCGCUCUUUCCUCAGCGUGGAAACAAUUGGCAACAGCAGCAGCAACAGCCUCAGCAGCAGCAACAGCAACAACAACCGCCGCCCCAGCAGCCGCAACACAGCAUCGAGAGCCCUGAAGCGAACUUUAGUGCGCCUGCGUUUAUGAACCAGGGUCACGUCGCGCCUUUCGAGGGUCCUGGUGGAAGUCAGCAGCGUGGUCCUCCGGCGCAAGGCGCUGCCCACGCGAACAACGCGCAGCAGCCUCCUCGCAAUGCGCAAACCCCUACUCCGGUAACGGGACCCGCAAAUCUGAACGGCGCGACCAACCAGCAACAACAACAGGCAAACCUGGAGCGCCGUGGGCCGGUAGAGUUCAACCAUGCCAUCAGCUACGUGAACAAAAUCAAGAACCGCUUUCAGGAUAAGCCUGAGAUUUACAAACAAUUCCUUGAAAUUCUCCAGACUUAUCAGCGCGAACAAAAGCCGAUCCAGGACGUGUACGCCCAAGUCACGACUUUGUUCCACACUGCACCUGACCUACUCGAAGAUUUCAAGCAGUUUUUGCCCGAAUCUGCUGGACAAGGAGGAAAGGGAACACCCGGACGGCCUGGCGAUGAGCUUCCGCCUGGCCCUGGCCCUAACCAAACACCUCAGCCGACUAUGAGCGGCCAGAAGAUGCCUCCCUUGGGAAGCUUUGCUCCCCCAAGUGCCUCCAAGGAAAACAACAAGAAGCGACCUAGAACUGACAAGCAGACGCCCGUUCCUGCGCCGCCCAUCGUGGAGGCUGCUGUCUCAGCCAACCGAGCUGUUACUGGCGCUCCUCCCCCUGCGGCCGUCAACAACAAGCGAACCAAGAUGUCUCACAACAAGGCGCUGGCUUCCGAUGCCCCCGCGGUUGAGCCGACACUGACGCCGAUAUUGCCAGAGCCUUUGGGACCUCCCGCGUCGACCACCUCGAACUCUGAUGAGAUCGCCUUCUUCGAGAAGGUUAAGAAGUACCUCAGCAACAAGACGUCUUUCAACGAGUUUCUCAAAGUCUGCAACUUGUUCAGUCAAUCCAUCAUCGACCGCAACACAGUGUUUCACAAGGGCAGCGUCUUCUUUGCCGCAAAUCCCGAGCUGUUAGGUUUCUGGAAGGCGUUCCUCAAGUACGAGCCGCAUGACGAAAUCGUCGAUAACAGACCCGCGCCUCCGAGCGGCAAAGUGUCAUUAAGCAACUGCCGAGGCUAUGGGCCUAGUUAUCGUCUUCUUCCCAAAAGGGAGCGUCUCAAGCCUUGCAGCGGCCGCGAUGAACUCUGCAAUUCCGUGUUGAACGACGACUGGGCGUCGCACCCAACCUGGGCCUCUGAAGAUUCCGGAUUUGUCGCGCAUCGUAAGAACGGCUUCGAAGAGGGUUUGCAUCGCAUCGAGGAAGAACGCCACGACUACGACUUCAAUAUCGAGGCAAACCUCAAGUGCAUCCAACUCUUGGAGCCUGUCGCCCAGCAAAUCAGCGUCAUGUCGCCUGCGGAGAGAGAGCACUUCCAGAUGCCGCAGGCUUUGGCUGGACACAGUACCUCGGUCUUCAAGCGUGUCUGCAAGAAGAUUUAUGGUGAAAAAGGUCCCGAAGUCGUCAACGACUUGUUCACCAACCCGCUGAAUGUAGUCCCGAUUGUGUUGACCAGAAUGAAGCAAAAGGAUGAGGAAUGGCGCUUCUCACAGCGUGAAUGGGAGAAGGUGUGGCAUGCUCAAGUUGAGCACAUGCACCUCAAGAGUCUCGACCAUAUGGGCAUCCUCGUCAAGCAGACCGACAAAAGGAACCUCUCAGCUAAACACCUUGUCGACGUCAUCAAGACGAAGGCCGAGGAGCAGAGGCGCCAGCGCAGCUUGAAGGGCAAAGCCCCGCGUCAUCAGUUGGUUUGGGACUUCAACGACAAGAAGGUUGUCGUUGAGCUGCUUCGUCUGAUGAUGCUCUACACUGUCAGCAGUGGUCAGCAUAGCGUGCCAGAGAAGGAGCGCAUUGCCGACUUCUUCGAGACAUUCAUCCCUGCAUUCUUCGAUAUUCCCGAGGAAGAAUUGGAGGGUCGUCUACCGAGGCUGCAAGAUGUAUCGGAAGAGGAUGAGACUGAAGAGGCCGUCCCUACCGAAUUGACUAACGGCCGCAGCCGCCGUGCCGGUAGAAGGGGUGAUUUACUCCGUGGCGUGCUCGAUCCUGGCCGCAACGGCUCUAAGCCGCGUGCGCAAAAGGAGGGAAGCGCGGCGUCUGGCAGCAAAGAGACGACACCCGAAGUUGGGUCAGCGAACGAGGAAGAAAUGCCCGAUGCUCCCGAGGAUGGUACUGGCCCCGACGUGUCUAACGACCGCUGGAUGCCGAUUGUUCCGCAGCCUAUAGUCACGACUGGGGACGAUGCUCUCCUCACCGCUGAUGGUGAACUGAAGGCUGAUGGCUUCUUCUCGCGGCCUUGGCACAACUUCUUCUGCAACCAAACCAUAUUCGUCUUCUUCAACGUGUUCCAGACGAUUUAUACCCGUCUCAGAGAUGUUAAGGAGAGCAAGGAGAGCGUCGUCGAGGAGGUCAACCGCGUCAAUCGACCUCGUCCCGCCAAGGAUAUUGGCUUGGCCGACAACACCCUCAACUACUUCGGCCCUCAUGACGACCCUGAGAGCUUCUGGCCGAAGACCCUUGAGCUUGUUGAGGAAUACAUCACCGGCGAUAUCGACGAGGUCCGUUACCAGGAUGUUUUACGCCACUACUACCUUAAGAGCGGUUGGAAGCUGUACACCAUUCAGGACCUCCUCAAGACUCUGUGCCGUCUCGCUCUCACCUGCAGCAGCACUGAUGCGAAGGAGAAGACUCCGGACCUCAUUCAGCAGUACCUCCACAGCCGAGAGAAGGAAGAGACAAACUACCAGUCAGAGAUCGCUGCCCGCAAGUACGCAGAGAAGUGCGUCAAGGACGGCGAGAUGUUUGUCAUCUGUUGGUUCCCGCUCAAAUCGGAAGCCUCUGUCCGUUGGCUGCAGCGUGAAGACACCACCUUCUACAUGGAUGAGAUGAAGGCCAAGGAUCGCUGGCAAUACUACAUCUCGUCCUUCAUCCAAGUCGAGCCGACAGAAGGUGUACCACGGCACAAGCUCCAAAAGACAGUGUUGGCCCGGAAUCUUCCUUCUAGCGACGAGAAGUUUGAGGACAGCCACAUUCCCAAGCCCAUCUCGUUCGAUGAAGACCUUUCCAUCAGUAUCUGUCUGAACUCGAGCAAGAUGGUGUGGAAGGCUGGUACAUCUGAGUACUUUGUCUACGACAACGUUCCCAAGGACAAGGAGGGCCAGGAGCGACACCUCGAGAGGCUCAAGAAUGCGAGUAACAAGCGCGACACGAAGCUUCGCGAGAAGUUUGUCUUCAACAGCCCCUGGAUGAAGGGCAUGAGCCAGUCCGACGUACAAAAGUCCAACGAGGGAUGGUCAAAGUGGCUCAAGGAUGGCAUCGCACCCGCCUCGGACGCAGGGGACGCAAUGGACACCGCAGAGUAG